GGUUGAAUGAUAGUGAAGACGAUAUCCAGGCGAUAAUAAGAGGAUACGGCGAGCAAGACCCUGACUUCAAUCUCACAAGGGCUGUCGGAGAAAACCUUCCGCGCCCAUCCGUGCUUACAGGCGAGACCAACAUUCUCGAGUACAUGACGCAGAACAAUUAUCUGGACAAUUACUAUACGCAUGCUAUCGGAUUUGACUGGCUGAACGAGUUGAUCUCCGGAACAAUCCUCCAGCUGACAUGCAAGUUCCCUCACAUGAAGAUUUGCGAGAUUGGUGCUGGCACGGGCGGUGCCACGCAAGCGAUCCUAGAAAAGGUGGGCGACGCGUUUGCAUCAUAUACCUAUACCGACAUCUCGAGCGGCUUCUUCGAAAAGGCUCAGAGCAGGUUUCAGAGGUUCAGCAGCCGUCUAAACUACAAGGUCCUGGACAUAGAGCGCGACCCGACAACUCAGGGAUUCGAAGAACACUCUUACGAUCUGGUGCUGGCUGCCAACGUUCUUCACGCCACUGCCUGCUUGGAGCACACCCUCCACAAUGUUCGAAAGCUCCUCCGGCCCGGCGGGUUCUUGGUGCUCAUGGAAAUCGUCGGGAACGAUGUUUUUCGCAUUGGAUUAGUGAUGGGUGGACUGCCCGGAUGGUGGGUGGGCAAAGACGAUGGCCGACGCUAUGCGCCGACGAUCACGCUCGAGCAGUGGGACUCGCUCUUCCGGGCCACAGAGUUCUCUGGCAUCGAGACUUACACCCCUAUGCCCGACAAGGUCCAGAUGCCUGGGUCGGUGUUCGUGACGCAGGCGGUCGACGCCACUCUGAACAACCUUCGAGAACCCCAGCAUUUUCCACCGACUUCCGCUGCGUCGAGUGACCUGGUGAUUUUGGGCGGCUCCAGUGACAGCACGUCCCGCCUUGUUCAAGUCUUGGUGCCACUUCUCGAGCCAUUUUUCAAACAUGUUAUUACAAUCCGGGAUUUGAAACACCUUCCGACUAUACCACCAAGGGCCUUCGUAUUGAGCCUGCUGGACUGUGAUGGCUUGCUUUUUGAAAAGCUGGAUGAACCACUUUGGCAGAGCUUCAAGACCCUGGUUUUGUCUCUAUCAGGCCUAUUGUGGGUGACCACUGGCAGUCGCCUGGAGAGACCUUACGCCGGAAUUGCCCUUGGUCUGCUGCGCUCUCUCGUAUACGAAAUACCAGAAACCAAGAUUCAAUGCUUGGACGUUGACGAUGUGUCAGAUGAAGGGACUUCAGCAGUCAUCGCACGGCUCCUGCUCCAGAUGCAGUUCCAUUCCGCAUUGCCGAAGGAGAAGCAGGAGGCGAUCCUUUGGACUCCAGAGCCAGAAUUGAUCCUUGCCAAUAACAGGCUGCACAUGGUUCGUGUGCAACCUCAGACCGAGCAGAAUGACCGAUACAAUUCGUUCCGCCGACCGAUUAUGAGAGAAACUACCCUGGGAACCAAUGAUCUCCGGCUGGAAUAUGAUGGGGGCGCCUACAUGCUUCGGGAGAAGCACGAUGCUCCCGAGCCUCACAAAGACUACCGUACGGUUCAGGUCGAGUAUUCGCUUCUCUCCGCAAUCAAAGCCAAUGAUGGCUAUUACUUCCUGUGCCUUGGAAUCUGCCAAGGUACAUGCGAGAAGGUUCUGUGCUUGUCCACCGAUAAUUCCUCCAUUGUCACUGUGCCGCAGUCAAUGCUAGUCACCGUGGACAACCACGACCUCAUCGACGCGCAAUUCAUGUCGUUUGUGGUCGCUGAUCUUGUUCGCCAGCAUAUCCUAAGAUUGAGGCCCGCUGCGGGUACGCUGCUCAUUCACGAGCCCGACCCUGGCCUUGCGUCUUUGCUGUCUGGUCGAACGGUUGGCGAGGGUCAGUCGAUUGUGUUCACAACAUGCAAGCCAAGUAAUGCGAAGAGAAGAAAUUGGAUCUAUGUACACGAAAGAACUCCGGCGCGCACUAUCGAUGCACUUAUUCCGCGCGAAGUUGCGUUGAUUAUCGAUCUAUCUUCCACUGCUGCGUCCAAGUAUGGACUGGGGACCAGAAUUGCCUCAUUGCGACCUCAGGCCGGCCAGAAACUUGGCUUUUCUAAUCUUGUCCACAGCACGGCAUCGCCGAUGUCAACCCCUGUCCCUGAGAGCAUUGGGCUGCUUCUUGAACGAGUCUCGGUGUUUGCACAAUCCCAACUGAAUGGAGUUCCAGACGGAGCGCCGCUCGACACUCUCACUGUGGGAGAAGCUGUGACGAAGCAGCUCCCAGAGUCAAGCCUAGCAUUGAUUCAAUGGGACCCAAAUCAGUCCGUUUCGGUCUUAGUGGAGCCAAUCACCGUGAGGAAUGACCUCUUCCAGGGUGAUAGGACCUACUGGUUGGCGGGCCUGGCGGGAGACAUGGGGCAGUCCCUGGCUGAUUUCAUGAUCCAACGCGGUGCGAGGCACAUCGCUCUCGGUAGCCGGAACCCGAUAGUCUGCCCUGAAUGGCAGAAGUUGUGUCAAGCCCGUGGAGUGAACAUCGAGUACUUUACAUGUGACCUGACCGAGUAUGCGUCAGUUCAAUCGACACUCAGCGCGAUCGAAAGCAAGAUGCCUCGGAUUGCCGGCGUUGCUAAUGGUGCCCUUGUGCUUCGCGACAUUCCCGUGGCGACGAUGUCCUUCGAUGACCUCCAGACGGUCCUGAAACCCAAGGUGGACGGCACCCUGAAUCUCGACAGCGCGUUCGCGCACCAUGCGCUGGACUGGUUCAUCGCCUUCUCGUCGAUCGUCGGGACGACCGGUAACAUGGGCCAGGCGGCCUACUCGGCGGCCAACUGUUUCAUGAAGGCGCUGGUGAACAACCGGCGCCGCCGGGGCCUCGCCGGGUCGGUAAUCGAUAUCUCCCGGGUCAUCGGGGUCGGCUACGUGGAACGUGAGACCAAGAGCGAAGGACGACUGACCAAGGAGCAAACGGAGCGGCUCAUGAACCGCACCGGCACCAUCCCUAUGUCCGAGCCGGAUUUGCAUCAGCUGUUCGCAGAGGCGGUGGUUGCCGGCCUACCGGGGACGGCGCCCGGCUCGGAGCUCAUCACGGGCCUGGCGCCCAUCGGGAUGGCGCAGGCGGAAACCGCCUUCUGGGCCGCCAACCCCAAGUUUGGACUCUUGGUGCGCGACCAAACCACCUCCUCGACUGUCUCCACGCUCGGCGGGAAUGGGCGCUCCAUUGCCCAGGUUCCCGUCUGGAUUCAGCUGCAGGAUGCUACCUCGCCGCAGGAGAUGUCGACCCUUAUCCAAGUUGCCUUGGGAAGUAAACUGCGGGCUUCGCUCUUUCUCUCGGCGACAGACCCAUUAUCUCCGGAGACACCUCUGGUCGACCUCGGCAUCGACUCUCUGGUCGCCGUCGAAGUCCGCACCUGGGCCGCCAAGGAGCUGUCGGUGGACUUGCCCGUGCUCAAGAUCCUGGGCGGCGCUUCGAUCCUGGACCUGGUGACGGAUAUCCUGGGGAAGCUUCCAGGGGACCUGCUAGCUAACGCUACUGCUACGGUUUCAGACGCUUCGGGUCCGAACUUCCCGGAGUGGGGUGGCCGUGAGUCCCCGCUGGCUGAUUCUUCCCUGUCUGCCUCGUAUGAUCUGGUUUCCAUGCAAAGCCCACCUACCACCGUGCACGACUCGGAUUGCUCGGAUCAUGAUGGGCUGAAGAGCUCCGGAUGAGAGAUGCAGACCCCGGGGGGAGGGAAGUACCUAAG